CGUGCGCCAUCUUUGACGACAAAAAUCCCCAUCUAUGUUAUGUUUGUUUUCAAAAAGUAUUGAAAAGUAUGAUAGAACACUAAAUCGCAUUAAAUAGCCGAAGCAUACGCCUGGUCUCCACCGUAUCUAACGUGUUAUUAUACAUUAAAAGUCUUCGGGAGACAUUUGUGGCGAGAUGUCGCUUGUGGAUUUGGGAAAGCGUUUGUUGGAGGCAGCACGCAAAGGACAGGAUGAUGAAGUGAGGUCACUUAUGGCCAAUGGAGCUCCUUUUACUACAGACUGGCUGGGAACCUCACCGCUUCAUUUAGCAGCGCAGUACGGGCACUACUCCACUGCUGAGGUGCUUCUCCGUGCCGGUGUGAGUAGAGAUGCCCGCACUAAAGUGGAUCGGACCCCCCUCCACAUGGCUGCGGCAGAGGGCCACUCAAGCAUCGUUGAGCUGUUGGUCAAGAGUGGAGCAGACAUCAAUGCCAAAGACAUGCUGAAAAUGACCGCCCUGCACUGGGCUACAGAACAUGGGCACAGGGGAGUCGUGGAGCUGUUGAUCAAAUACGGCGCUGAUACUCAUGCCCUCAGCAAGUUUGAGAAGACGCCUUUUAACAUUGCAGUGGACCGAGGAAACACAGAGAUGAUGCUAUUGUUACAGGAGGGAAUGCAGAACCAAGUUAAUAUGAAUCCAGAGAGGACUAUCCUAGGCAGCACAUCACCCGCCACAUCCAGCCCUCAGUUCAUCAUCUCUUCCUCUGGAGUCGUCAAUCUCUCUGAUAUUGUUCUCACUAAUGCUAAGGCUAACGCAGCAGGAGCUGCAGAGACUGGGAUUGCUGCUGAUUCGGUAGAUUCUGCCAUCCAGCAUCUUGUAGGGGAGGAUGGCCAGAGAGUCAUCACCAUAGUAACCGACCAACAGGGAAACCUGCAGACUGGCAACUUGGGACAGAAAUUCUUUGUCACAAUGCAGGGGCAGCAAAUGGUUGCAGUGCCAGCGGGUCAGAUUGCAGAGGAGAUCAUAACAGAGGACACCAAACCAGUCCCAACACGGAAGCGGAAAUUUGAAUCAACCGUCAACCACACAGAUGUUAAACACAAGGAGCCCACUGAGAAGGACAGUCGGGAACUACUGGAACGGCAGCUGAAAGAAGCAAACAGAAAAGCCCAGGAGUACAGACAGCAGUUAAUAAGAAAGGAACAGGAAGCUGAGGAGUACAGGCUUAAACUAGAGGCUAUUGCCAACGGGCAGACCAAUGGCACCAGCACAGAGCCCCAAGAGGAAGUGGUGCUCCAGGAAGAGGAAGAGGAAGAGGAGGAGGUGGUUGGCGAAGAGGAAGUUGUCAUGUUGCCAGAAGGGGCCAUCAUCAUUAAAGAGGAGCCCCUUGACUCAACAGCAGGAGAAACAGUAACGCUAGUGGAGACUGCAGAUAUUACAGCCAGCUCAGAGAGUAUGCCAUAGGAGCAAACACUCAGGAAUUACAUACACUCUAAUCUGUGUGCCUGGAGUGUGACAUUUGUAUUUAUUUAUUGUAAAUCAUAACCUUUUGUUUUUAUACUUCUUUUUUCCUCAUUGCAUUCAGUUUCUGUACAAACCUCUACAAAGAUGUAGCCUGAGUUGUAUUUAGGUGGCUUCAGCGAUGCGGAGUAGCUCAGAUUGACUAAAUAGGAAGACCAGACGUGUCUUUUUAAUAUACAGCAGUGCAAGUUAUGGAAGUUUUAGUGAUAAUGCUUUUCAAUCAAGCCCUGUUAUGCACCUCUAAUGCAUACUGUACUAGAAGUCAAAACCAUAUUGUACUUAAAAGAAUGUUCUGGGUACACACAAUUUUGACUAGUAAAGUUUUAUCUAUAAAAAAAAAAAACAUUCAAGUUACUUUGCACUUUGAUAAAAAAUAAACUGGGACAGUUUUCUGGAGGUGAAGCUGAUAUUUUUGUAAAAUCACCUGCAUUAAGGAAUUAAUAUGAAAUGUUUUAUUUGAGAUGCAAAAUUGGCCUUUUUAAAAGAUAUUCAAGGUCAUUGAACCAUGGAAAUAUUGUGCAAAAAUGACUGGGUUUACUAGCUUAAUGCUGAUUGCCUGGUGGAGUGUUGAGAAUUAUUAUAACCACGAUUUGUCUUAAAAAACAAAACUGAAGGUCAAGUCAAAAUUGUAAUCGCAAAUGCAAUUAGAGGUUAGAGGUAGAGGUUAACUUGAACUCGGAACAUUCCUAAAAUAGUGAUAUAAGACAUUUAGAAUGAAGGUUAACAAUAGAUUAUAUAACGAACAAUAUUAGACAUUUUUCAAGAUAAGUUGACUUACGUUAUGGCUUUGUGCAACAUUGACCUGCUCAUACAGGGUGAGACAUGUCUUAUUGAUGCAGUCGGCAUUGGGUGGUGUGAUAAUCCGUAGCUAGCUAUGUAUUUACUUAGUAACAGACUCAUGUAUUAGAAUACUUUUAGCUGUUUAUAAAGAUAAGUGACUACUUUCAGAGCUCAAUGGUUGUUACAUUUUUUUUAUUUUUUAUCUUGCAUCAUUUCCUUUGUUCUGUUUUGUUCUGACACUAAAUCACGAUUUGCAUUUCAGUGUUUUGUGCUCUAAAAAAUAUGCAACAUGUCUUUGCUUGCAUUUCAUGGUCUGGUCCAUGUGCCUGAUCUGACUUUCCCUGUAAAUUUUCCCAGCUGCUUUAUAGAUGUUAGCAGCUUGUACAGUCAGUCCUUAAGUAAAGUUAUAUCAUCAGUUGCGUCCAUGCUUGUAUAUCAAGGUUUAAAAUGUUCUAUAGAUUUUCUUCUCAUAGAAAAAAUUUUUGCAUUAUCUUUGAUGUUUUCGAGGUACACAGCUGAUGAUUAACAUUCCAUGAAUUGAAUUUUAAGGGCUUGCAUUACCAUUAUUUUGCAAAACUUAUUUUUGCUCUGUACAUAUGCAAAUUUCUAAACCGAAAUUAUACUAUUUAUUGAAUGAUGGGUGAUUAAUUUGGUCAAGACAAUGUUUUCCCCGUUUUUUUCUUGCUUUUUAUACAUUAAGGAUGUCUGUUGUAUAGGAUUUCAUUAACAGUGCUUUAUAGGUUAAAACAUUGAUGUGUUGAAAUUCGUUUUUAGGCCUAAACAAGUUAUGUUUACACUUUUAUUUUGUUGUAAAAUUUGACGAGCAUAAUUAAUUGUAUUUCAGUGUGUUGGAAGCAAAUGCUUAGAGUUCUAACUAAAAGCAGACCCAGGCACAUGAUACAUAAAGAUCAACAGUUUGUUUCCGAGUUUUCUUGUUUGUAUAUUUUUACAUAUAUAUUUUUGUAAUGAAACACUAUCUGGGCCUGUCUUUAGUGCACUUGCAGCUACAUUUUUAUCUCUGGUCAAAAUAAAUAUUUUUAAGGUUUGGUAUA